GCGACCUGAGGGUGCGCCCUGAACUGCACUGAGCGCAUAGGUGGAAUCGAGAACAGAUGAGUGCGCAGCGCCGGAAGACAAAGAGAUCACAGGGAAGCUUUUAUGUCACACGUCUGAACCGAUAUAUUCCGCAUUCAUCAUGGCAAAGCGGGUCAGACCUGGAUUUUAUCGGCAGGAAAUAAACAAAAGCAUCUGGGAAGUACCGGAGCGGUACCGCGACCUAGUCCAGGUGGGGACCGGAGCAUACGGAACUGUGUGCUCCGCGCUGGACUCCAAAACAGGGACCAAAGUGGCCAUCAAGAAGCUCUACAGACCAUUCCAGUCUGAGGUGUUCGCAAAGCGGGCCUACAGGGAGCUGAAGCUUCUCAAACAUAUGAGACAUGAAAACGUGAUUGGUCUUCUAGAUGUGUUUACUGCAGACCAUUCUCUGGACAGAUUCAAAGAUUUCUGUCUGGUGAUGCCGUUCAUGGGAACAGAUUUGGGGAAGCUGAUGAAAAAGACCAGAUUAUCAGAAGAAAAAAUCCAGUGUUUGGUUUAUCAGACCCUCAAAGGAUUAAAGUAUAUUCAUUCUGCUGGUAUAAUCCACAGAGAUCUCAAGCCAGGAAAUCUUGUUGUCAACCAAGACUGUGAGCUUAAGAUCUUGGAUUUUGGUUUAGCUCGGCAGGCGGACACUGAGAUGACAGGAUAUGUGGUGACUCGCUGGUACAGAGCCCCGGAGGUCAUCCUCAACUGGAUGCACUACACACAGACCGUGGAUAUUUGGUCUGUGGGCUGCAUCAUGGCAGAGAUGCUACAAGGAAAACCGCUUUUUAAAGGCAGCGACCACCUAGAUCAGUUGAAUCAGAUCUUGAAGGUCACAGGAACACCCAGUCCAGAGUUUAUAUCAAAACUAGACUCUGAGGACGCUAAAGGUUAUCUAAAAAGUCUUCAAAAAAUGGAAAAGAAAGACCUUAAGACAAUGUUUCCCUCAGCUAGUUCCCAAGCCGUCUCUGUGUUGGAGCACAUGCUUCUGCUAGAUCCUGAGGAGAGAGUGACUGCUGUGGAGGCCGUCUCCCUGCCUUACUUUGCUGUAUUUAGGGAACCAACAGAAGAGACUGAGGCUCAGCCAUAUGACAACUCACUUGAUGACAAGGACUUGACUUUGGACCAGUGGAAACGUUGUGCCUUCACAGAGAUCUUGAGCUUCCAGCGUACUUUGUUGGAUGCAAAGGAAACACCACUUUAAAACCAUGCCUGCACCCUUCAGGUCAGGCCCAGAACAAACUAACUCCCAACAGAACUUUUCGAUUGAUGAAUGUCCAAUGUUUAAGGGUUUCUAAAGUAAUUGAUGGAGCAUUGAAAUGGGACACUUGUACAGCACUAGCUUGACACUGGAUUCACCUUGUUCUUUUAAGUAUUUUACUGUUUUAAAAGUUGUCUUAACAUCAGAAUAGAGAAAUUCAAAGGUCUAAUGAACUGAUUUAAGGAAUACCUCAGCUUCUUCAUUGUCUAGAAAAGAUUUGGAUAUAUAAUUCUGAGAGUAUUGCUCCUCACAUGCAUGGUUUUCAAGAUGCAUUUGCCAUUUUCAAGCAUUCCUUUUUGAAUUAGUUGUUGUUGACAGCUCAGUUUAUCUAACCUUUUUCAUAUAUUUCCGGUACUAUUGUUUUUUUGUUUCUACUCCAUCUCAAAAGGUUACUUAUGUUCUUCUUUUUUUGUUAUUGUUAUUUCUGCAUUUGACGCAGCUCUAGCACAAACAUAUCUCGAUACUGCUGAGCCAGAUCAAUGUGCGCUUUAUUUUUUGAUAAGGCUACAUCACACAUGCACAAACACACACACAUGUUCAAAGCUGAAGUAAAGGUACUUAAACUACUGUUGCAAAUUAAGGGUUCCAUUUUUUCUCUCUUAGAUGUAGGAGAUGUAAAUUUCUGCAAUUAGAAAAAACUUAAUAUGUAACCAGCAGUGACUUUGGAUACAGGCGCUAUAUUGCUCAUCCCCGAAGAGGCUGUUCAAUCCAGUAACAUCUUUUUUCAUGUUUUUCUAUUUGUUUGGUUUAUUUUACAUAAAAAGUACUUAGACAUCAAUCUGCAGGUGGAUUAUUCAGGACUGAAUAAUGGUUGCCUAAAAUUAGUUUAAGGUUUGAUAAACCUUUAUUCUAUUUUAACAAAAUACAAAAGAGCAUUUUCAAUUAUUUUAUUAUUUACAUCCAAAAUCUCCUUGAUAAAGACAAACAUAAAAUGCACAAAAUAUGGGGACUGAAUUUGUUUCAGUGAUUAUGGAAGCAUGAAGAGUUUGGAAUUAGUGAAAUUUCUAUGGGUGAAAAAGAGGUUUCUUAAAUUUUCAUAAAUAUAUAAUUUCUUAAAAAUCAUUCUUAUAAUCUUGAAUAAAAUUUGUUCGUAGAAUAUAAACAAAAGCAGAAACAGUUAUGCAAUAAGAAGAAUGUUUUGACUACAUUAUACAAACACAGCUAAAGAGGAGGGCUUGGCCAUGGCACAAUGGAGGUACUCCUACUUUAAAAUUUUUGACUGCUUUAAGCCCAAGUUCCCUUUAAUAAACACUGAUUCACUAAGUUAGGGAUAUUAUCUGCCAAAGACUCAGUCUAAGAUUUAAACAUGGCUAUAAUAUUUUCAGGUUAAAUUGUUUUGUUUUGUAAAAACACCAAAGAUAGUCAAGCUGUAACAAAUGUAAGAACUCAUAUGAAUACCUCUUUUUAUUUUAAUAUAAUCUUUCCUUCCCUCUCAGCAAUGACUUUCUGACAACCUUUCUGAGAUGUUUGAGUAUAUUUUUUAAAACCUGCGCAUUUGUGUCAAUUUGCACCAGUUCUGACCUUUUUCUCUCUCCCAGUGGCCUUAGAGAUAACAAACAAACACCACUGAGCAGAAUUAUUCUUCUCUCAGUUUGUUAUACACAAUAAUCCACACCUUGGUAAAGAAAAAAAAAAGAGGCUGUUGCUAAUUCUGAUGGUGUAUGGUAUAAAAAUAUCUACAGCGAUUUAUGGAGUAAUUUUUGUAACACCAGUCAAACUUUUUUUUUUUUUUUCCAAUGAGGAAAAUUUCUUAGAAGUCACUUGGUGACAUAAAACAGAUUUUUAAAUCAGAUGGAUAUUACCGCUCUAGAACUGUACUUUUUCCAAGUACUACAUUUUUACACUUUCUGUUGUUGCACUUUUGUAUUUUUUAUGUAAUUUUGUUGAUAAACAAAAUAAUAAAUAAAGAAAAUGAAGCAAAA